AUGCACGACUGCGCCGACCGCCCCUGCGCCUUGAACGCCACCUGCGUCGACCUGGUCAACGACUUCCAGUGCAAGUGCCCGAAGGGAUUCACUGGAAAGCGCUGCAACCGGAAAGUCGACCUCUGCGCUUCCGAUCCCUGCGUACAUGGGCUCUGCGUGGAUACUCUGUACGCUAGGCAGUGCAUCUGCGAGCCGGGCUGGACCGGUGAUGUGUGCCAGAUUAACAUCGAUGAGUGCGCGGCAACACCUUGCGAGAAUGGAGCAACUUGUCACGAUUUGGUCGACGGCUACUCUUGUACCUGCCCAAGUGGCUACCAUGGUUCUCGCUGCCAGCUCCUAGACGACCAUUGCGCUCUACAGCCAUGUAGGAAUAACGCCAGCUGCACCAACGAGGGGCCGGUCUACAGCUGUGCAUGCCCGCUUGGAUUUGAAGGAGUUCAUUGUGAAAGGAAUAUCGAUGAAUGCGGAACGAUAGGAAAGUGCCACCCCAAGGGUACCGAAGCCUGCCUCGAUGGCAUUAACAGCUUCACGUGCCAAUGUAGACCAGGAUACACCGGCCAGUAUUGCGAGACGCACAUUGAUCAGUGCGCUUCCUCACCCUGCCUGAACAAUGGUACUUGCACCGACUUCGGCGCCACCUAUAAAUGCGUCUGCGCCCGCGGAUGGACCGGGGAUCGGUGUGAGACCGAGUCGGGAGCCUGCGACCGGAAGCCGUGCAAGAACGAUGGAAGAUGUGUGAAUCUGGUUUCGGACUACUUCUGCGUUUGUCCGGAAGGCGUCUCCGGCAAGGACUGCGAGGUGGCGCCAAAUCGUUGUGUCGGAGAACCGUGUCACAAUGGCGGUGUUUGUGGAGACUUUGGCUCCAGGGUCGAGUGCUCUUGUCCCAAGCACUUUACUGGCGCCGGAUGUCAAUUCGUAGCUGAACCCUGUGCUCCGGGUACUUGUAUGAAUGGCGGAAGCUGCUCGGUGACUUCGGGAGGGUCUUUCAAGUGUGCUUGCAAAGCUGGCUUCACCGGCGGACGAUGUGAGGCCGACAUCGACGAGUGCGCUGCUAGCCCCUGCCCGUUAUCAGCUACUUGCAUCGACCAGAUUGACGGCUAUCACUGUAAAUGUCCGUUCAACGUCACGGGAUCAAGCUGCGAUAAGGCUGUCGACGUCGACUACGACCUCCACUUCUUCGAUCCGAUCCGAGGUUCUUCUGCAGCACAAGCCAUCCCACUCAAGGCCAAUCUCAAGGCGUUCACCUUGUCCUUGUGGCUUCAAUUCAGCCAAGCUGAUUCUCGUGGAAACGUGCUGACAAUCUCAAACAGCUCCCUCCCCUCCGAGCCGAUGAACCUCACCGAGAUGGUGACGAUCAGCUCGAGUGGCGUCCGAGUCAAGCUCCUCGCUGAUGAGGUGCCCCUCCAGAUGCCGUGGCCCGCGCUGCAGCAGAUCAAUGACGGGCGGUGGCAUCAUCUGGCCCUCACCUGGGCGUCUGGAUCCGGCUCCUUGGCCCUGUACUGGAACGCCGUGCCCGUCUACACCGAGAAGGAAUACGGUAUCGGAAAAACGCUGUCAGCAAACAUGUAUGUCGUGCUCGGCGAGCCCACCAUACCUACUGAAAAUACGCUUGACGCCUUCUCGGGAUCGAUUACGCGAGUUAAUCUCUGGGACCGGGCUCUUGAUCGGGAGAUGGACAUCGCCCCGAUGAUCUCGGAAUGCCAGGGAACUGAGGACCUUUUCCACGGCCUCAUCCUCCGCUUCGCCGAUUACUCGAAGCUGGUCGGCAAGGUCGAGAAGCGAGCACGAUCCACUUGUGGCCGUGAGACCAAGGGCGAGAAGAGCAAGGAGAUCAGGGUCGAGAAUUGCCCUCUUGACAUCUAUGCCGUGUCCGCCCAACGGGAGAUGAACAUCACCUGGGACGAGCCGGUGUUCACGUCGCCGGACGAGAUCGUCAGGGUGGAAAAGAGUUUGAAGCCCGGAACGCUUCUACCACACGGUGACCACCACGUGCUCUACGUCGCUCACGAUAGUGCUCAACGCGCUUCGGUCUGCAGUUUUUCGGUCCGCGUAUCUCGUGAGCACUGCCCCGACGUAUCCGACCCGGUCAACGGACUCCAAGUCUGCGAAGCAUGGGGCCCGAAUUUGCGCUUCAAGGCCUGCUCGAUCGAGUGCCGAGAGGGCUACGCCUUCUCCCGACAGCCGCCUGUCUUCUACUCGUGCGGCUCCGACGGCAUGUGGCGGCCAAGACCCGAUCGUGCGCUUCACUUCAAGUAUCCACAGUGCACAAAAUCCACACCCGCCACUCGCUUCGUCCAGCUCAACGUCCAGUACCCAGCUGCUUCGCUGUGUAAUGAGGCCCAUCGCGACGCGCUUGCCGAGGAGCUGCGCAAGCGCAUUGACCAAAUCAACGGGAAAUGGGAUCUGUGCAGUGCCAAGGCCGAAAAUGGAGGUUGCGCCGGCGUACAACUGAAUGUAGAAUGUUUGACUGGGCGUGAAGCUGCUGCUCGUCUUCGGCGAGAGCUACCACCCAACGCUCACUUCUUCCACGUGCACCUGGAGUUGCCUGUCAAGAGAGACUUCGUGACAACUGCUUCAAGUGGCGAGAAGACCCGCCCCUUCGAAGCCCUCCAACGCGAGAUCCUGCUCCUGGGAGCUAUGGACGUCUCGGCCGCGGUCCCGCAUGCCAAGCCAAACCUCGCCGGUCUCCGGCUCUCCGAGAAGUUCUCCUGCCCCAAGGGCAGCGUGACGGUUGAUGAUCUUUGCGUGCCUUGCGCCCCAGGCUCACGAUUCUCCGCCGAGCACUCGGAGUGCCAGCUAUGCCCGGUUGGCUCGUUCCAGCCCCUAAGCGGCCAGCCCGAGUGUGUCCACUGUGGUGUCGGCAAGACGACGAUGGUCGAGGGAUCUACCAGUCAGGAGGAGUGCAAAGACGACUGCCCACCUGGCCACCUCUUCCACCAAGCUCUUGCUCAAUGCCGACCUUGUGGAUUCGGUUUUUACCAGCCGACUGGGGGCUCGUUCGAGUGUCUCGCGUGUGGUGUUGGCAAGACGACGCUCACCGAGAGGAGUACGAGUGAAGAGGAGUGUCGUGAUGAGUGUCCAGAUGGCGAACACCUGUCCGUCUCCGGAACGUGCCAACCCUGCCCCCUCGGUACCUACCGUACCCGCGGGGAGCACAAGGAGGCCAGUUUUUGGUGGCUGCCAGCCGUCAAUGCCAAUUCUGUCCUCGUGGAACCUUCCAAGAUGAGGAACAGCAGACGACGUGCAAGUUGUGCGACUCUGACCAUACCACAGCUGCACAAGGGGCAACGGCUCGUUCUCAAUGCUACUCAACCAACCAAUGUACGACCGGUGAGGACAACUGCUCCUGGCACGCGACUUGCAUCGAUCUGCCUGAUGAGAACGACGUCCCCCUCGUUUACUUGUCGAUGCAAGCCCGGAUUCCGUGGAAAUGGGACGCAUUGUUAUGACGCCUGUACCAACUUCUGCCUGAACGACGGUCACUGCAAGAAAUCGCCGACUGGUCAAGUGGAGUGUCUCUGCAAGGACAACUUCCGGGGGGAGAGAUGCGAAGUGCGCUUCGUCGUCCGCUCCCAGCGCGUCAUCCAGAUCAUCGUCGGAGUUUGUGUGGUUGGAGGUGUCUUGAUCGCUGUUGUGUGCAUCAUCUACAUGAUUUCGUGCAGGUCGAAUAGGUACUCACUCCUCACCGACUCGGCUCAUUCCAACUUCCUCUUCGCCAGACCGCAGGCGUUAGCUUCAGAAGCCCCCCGACCGAUCGGCUACUACUAUGAGGACGACGAUGACUACGAGUCGAGGAGUAUUUUUGUCGGCGGUGCUGAUCAGGGCUACGGCCUCGGCUCCGGUAACGGCGUCGUCGUCGAGCCGCUCGAUCAGAACGACGAGCGCGUCCAGCAGCGCCAUGGCCCUUAUGUACGUCCCGCGGACAGGGGACAACGCCCA